AUGCUGCUGCUGCUCGAGGGCACCGGGCCGCUGUUCAGUCAAAGGCCGACAGCGCCGAGAUGGCUGCCGGGCUUGUUGGCAGGAGGGGACCGCGAUGCUCAACUGUUCUGCAAAAGAGCGGCGCCUCCCGGGGACGACGGCGACGGGGGUCCUCAUUUAGACGUCGCGUUGAGCAGGGCCCAGGGCGAGCGCGGGCUCUAUGAGGGCAUCGAGAUCGAACAAUCCUAG